AUGUGAGGAGAUGCUCCGCAGUGUCGUAGUUCGUAUGCCUCGGCGGAAGUGCUAACGAAUUGCCCGGUGGAACUGUGUGCAGCUGUGCUUCUGCAUGAUUGGUUGCCUUCGCAGGUUUCUUACGCGCGUUAGAACAUGAGGCAAGCCAUUGGCCACUCGUCACCCCUCUUUCUCGUAUUCAUAUGCAUGUCGAGCAUGUCGCAAUGCUCAGAGAAGCCCAUAAAGGCUCGUCGACAUCGGAUUCCUCGGACUGAUCUGCUCUGCGCAUCCUCCCAACGACAGACCCCUUCAGGAAGACAAACAACCCCUCCUCCUCUACCCUACGUUACAAGCGAUAGGUUUCUGGUGGUUAGCCGUGUAUAUCUUCAUGGCGUGAGUUCUGCAGUGCCGUUACCCGUCGAGCGCCGCUAGCGCCUCAAUUUCGCGCUCGGACCACUUAGCCCCCAAGAGCAGCUUUCCGCGCUUCCGCUCGUGCACUAGUCGCAGGACUGAACAAUCCACCUUGUAAUUCUCCUAGGCGAAGGAGGGGGUGAAGCCUCCUAGGUCAUUCAUGCGAGUCGGCUGAACGGAGCUUGCAGGAGCAGAUACAUAGCCGAUUCCAUGCCGUCAUCGACACUCUCUGAUCCUCGUCAAUCUCGUCAAUUGAAGCCAAGCUGUGCGCUCGUAUACGGUUCGAGUUUCCCUACUGCAACGGACAUUGCCCGCUGUGGUCCUUCCCCAACACAAUACCGCCCGCACGUUCUCGCACACGUUCCCUCACCCGCUCCAACGCGCGCCGCACUUGCACCCCGUAGCUGCCCGUACCCGCAGCGGCUCUAACGGCGGCCCUACGCGAUAUAGCCAUGAAGAUUCCAGCCCCCC